AUGUUCCAGAUAGAAGGUCUCCCGCCAAAGUUGGACCCGGAGGAGCUGAAGCAGAAGAUGCGUGAGGAUGUGGUCUCCUCCAUUCGGAACUUCCUCAUCUACGUGGCCCUGCUGUGAGUCACUCCAUAUAUCUUAUAGAAGCUGGAUAGCAUAUGA